AUGACAGUCACUUAUUCCAGCAAAGUAGCCAAUGCCACUUUCUUUGGAUUUCACAGAUUGCUCCUGAGGUGGAAAGGCAGCAUCUACAAGUUGCUGUACAGAGAAUUUAUUGUUUUUGCUACUCUUUACACAGCGAUCAGUGUCUUGUACAGAUUUUUCCUUACAGGUAGCCAAAAGCGGUUCUUUGAGAAAUUAGCAAUUUACUGCGACAAAUAUGCUGAACAAAUCCCAGUAACUUUUGUGCUUGGUUUCUACGUGACCCUGGUGGUGAACCGGUGGUGGAACCAGUUCGUGAACCUGCCGUGGCCGGACCGGCUGAUGCUGCUGAUCUCCAGCUGUGUGCAGGGCAGGGACGAGUACGGGCGCCUCCUGCGGAGGACGCUCAUGCGCUACGUCAACCUGACCUCGCUGCUGAUCUUCCGCUCCGUCAGCACGGCUGUGUACAAGAGGUUCCCCACCAUGGACCAUGUGGUAGGAGCAGGUUUUAUGACAAGACAUGAAAGAAAACUUUUUGAUGACCUCAAGUCUCCCCACCUGAAAUACUGGGUUCCAUUUGUGUGGUUUGGAAAUCUGGCAUCAAAGGCAAGGAAAGAGGGAAGGAUUCGUGACAGCGUUGAUCUGCAGACACUGAUGAAUGAGAUGAACAAGUACAGGUCAUGGUGUAGUCUUCUGUUUGGUUAUGACUGGGUUGGAAUUCCACUGGUCUAUACCCAGGUUGUUACUCUUGCAGUCUAUACUUUCUUCUUUGCCUGCCUGAUCGGACGCCAGUUUUUGGAUACUGACCAAGGGUACCAGGGACAUGACUUGGAUAUUUACAUUCCAAUCUUCACACUGCUACAGUUCUUCUUCUAUGCAGGAUGGCUCAAGGUGGCUGAACAACUUAUUAAUCCGUUUGGAGAAGACGAUGAUGAUUUUGAAACCAACUGGUGCAUCGACAGGAACCUACAGGUCUCACUUCUGGCUGUGGAUGACAUGCACAUGAACUUACCCAGGAUGGAGAAGGAUCUGUACUGGAACGACUCCUCUGCCCGGCCGCCCUACACGAAAGCAGCUGCUGAUUACUGCAUUCCUUCAUUCCUUGGAUCAACUAUUGAAAUGGGGCUGGCUGAUACUGCCUUCCUCUAUGGGGAAGAGUGGCCCUGGGGAGAGGACAAGCACCGAAGACAACUUUCCGUGCUGAGAAGAGUCAAGAGGUUUCUGAGUGUCCACGAGGGCCCUCCGUCGCCCGCCCGCCCCCGCUACAGCCGGCAGACCAGCGAGGACUCCGUGUUCUUCCCGGCGGAUGAGAAGGGCCACAUCCGGCGGCUGCAGGAGAUGCACACCAGAGGCAGACACUCCGCCUCCAGCUUCAAGAGGAAACACGAAGGAGCGGACAGAAGUAAGAGACUCCACAGCAGCAGAGAUCUGGGACCCAUAAGUGAGACCUCGAGGAACGAGGCGCGGUUCAGCGACAGCGACCUCUCGUCCGAGACAACCAAGCCGGUCCCUGAGGUCAUCAUCUCCGAGGCCGAGGAGGAGGCUCCUGAGGCGCAGGGCGAAGCGGACCUGCCCACAGAGCGCAGCGCCAGCGUGCCGGAAGAGGCGCUGCAGCGGAGCCUGACGGAGGCCAACGUGGCUCUUCUGGACCAUCCUUUUUUCACCCCAGAAAUCAUCACAUAUUUCCCCGAUUCCGAGGUGCAUCAGUCGCUGCCUUCCGUGAUAGGGGAGCCCAGACAUGAAGCCCACGGUGGGAACAUCGCUGGUUUCAUAACAGAUCAUGAGAGAAACCUCCAGCGAUGGAGUCUGCCAAGCUUCCACAGCCACAGCACAGUUUCAAAUACUGACACUGCACCUCCUUUAACAGAUCCUGGGACACCCUCACAACAGAAGGACUUGAGAGAUGGAAAAGACGUCGCUUCUGCUGAUGCUCCAGAGACCUUUGAGCUGCAGCACCUAUGGGAAAGCCUGGACAGCAGAGAAACGGCCAUAGUAGAAUUUUCUAAUGAGAAAAAACAAAGAAAACUUUGA